AUGGACUGCUUCCCUGCUGAUGCAGAUGGCAAAAUCAGUGUCAAAUGCCUGAGGUUUUAUGAAACUGGAGAACCAAAAAAGGUAAAAUUGUUUUAAAAUUUACAUUUCAUACCUUUUAACUCAUAGCUAGCCUUAACUUUUUCUUAGUUUUACCCUAGCUCUACCUCUUUGCUCUAGCCUUACUUUGUUAGACCUAGCUUUAUCUGUAGCUCUAGCUCUAAUUUCUUAGUCCUUACCUUAGUUUUGAUCCCAGGCUUAGCCUCAGCUUAUCCCCAGCUCUACCCUAUCCCUAACACUAGCUCUGACCUUAGCAUAAGCCCUAGCCUAAUUUCUAGCGGUAGCGUUAGUGCUAGCAAAGACUAAGCUUCAACAUUAGCUCAAUUUCUGGUCCUAGCUUUAGCCCCAGCCUAUAUCUAGCCUAGCUUUACCUUAGAAUUGAUUUGCAUUAAUUUUGGUUUUUGCUUCAGCGCUUACAUGUUAUUUUUCUAGCCAAAAUUUAAUUUUUUAUCGAAUACAUAUUUUUAUUCCAGGUCCUUCGUCUUGAUCAUGUAAUGCUAAAAACCAGCUUGGAACCGAAUGAAGUGUUGAUAAAAUACCAAGCAGCUACUAUUCUACCAGCUCACAUCAACAUAAUCGAAGGAACUUACGCUAUAAAGCCGGUUUUGCCAGCGAUUCCAGGCAAUGAGGCUGUUGGAAUUGUGGAAAAGGUAAGAAUUUUAAUUGAAACUUACAUUACUGUGCCGAAAAAAACUUUUUUAAUAGUACCAGUAGCCCUAUUGACGUCCUAUUUCAGUACAAAGUUAUUUUUAGGCUAAACAUUAGCCAUUUUGGGUAUAUAUCAGCCAUUGGUAUCUAAUUACACUUUUUCAACUAAUCCCUACCCUACCUACAAAAAAAAUUCUAGAUAGGAUCAUCAGUAAAAACCUUAGCACCAUGCGACAAAGUGGUACCAUUAAGCUCAAAAGGCGCUUGGACAGAGUAUGAAGUUCAAAGAGAAGAUAACUGUUUCAAAAUCGACCCGUCGAUUGAUAUUGGCACGGCUGCGACGUUCUUAAGUAAUCCUAUCACGGCUUGGAAAAUGCUUCAAAACUAUAUAAAACUGGAGAAAGGAGACCUUGUCGUGCAGAACUUGGCCAAUUCACAUUGCGGACAGUCGGUGAUUCAGAUUGCUAAGGGUAAGGUAGGAUAGGGUAGAGCUGGGAUUGGGUAGGGUAGGGCUUGAGUUGGGCUGGGAUGAGGUGUAGCAUGUCAAUCAGUAUAAUAUGGAUAACCAGGUAAAAGCAAUUUACUUUAUUGAGCACGGUAAUGUAUGUACGAGGUGUGAUACUCUAGGGUAGAGUAGAUUACAGUAAGACAGGGUAGAUUACAGUAGGAUAGGGUAGGGUAGGGUAGGGUAAGGUAGGGUAGGGUAGGGCAGGGUAGAGCACUUUAUCAAUUUUAAAUCAAAUUUUCCCCCUUUCAGCCCUAGGCUACAAAACUAUAAACAUAGUGCGAAAUCGACCGCAAAUCGACCAGUUGAAACGCGAACUUCGACAAAUGGGUGCAGAUUACGUUUAUACGGAGGAAGAAUUUGUCAAUGUAUCAAAGAAUUUUCAAAAAUAUUUCAAAAGUCAACCUAAAUUGGCAUUAAAUGGCACUGGAGGCAAGAGUUCGCUAGCUUUGGCUGGGUGUUUGGCCGAAAGUGGCCUUAUGUUGGUUUAUGGUAAUUUUCAUUCUAUCAUAAGGUUGAAUUUUGUCAUAAAUACCAUAAAAAUAGUGUUUUAAUCAUAAAAAAAAUUGAUUUUAAAAUUUUUUGCGAUUUUGUUACCUAAAAUCUUAUUUUUUCAAAUUUUAAGGUUUGUAAACAAAGUUUCUGCAAUAUUUUUCAAAAAAAUGAAAGAAUAGGUAAUACCUUUCAUAAAUCACCAAAUUUCAGGAGGAAUGUCCAAACAACCUCACCAAAUCCCAACCGCCGCUCUCCUAUUCAAGAAUAUCCGGGUAGUUGGAGUGCCAGCCGGCUACUAUUUAAGGCCUGAAAAUAAAAAAGAACGGUUGGAAAUCCUGGCCAAAAUCCACGAUCUGGCCAUAAAAAGACAGUUGACUGGACCAAAGAUGGAAUUUGUGCCAAUUGAACGGUUUAUGGACGCAAUUGAUAAGACAAUGUCCGGACGGAACUUGAAACAACUCUUGAUUCUGGACCCGGUUAUUGGGUCUAGACUGUAA